AUGACAGACGACACGGUAGGGACGAUUUGUCUGUUUCAGAGAGGGCGAGCUGAGGUCGCAUCCUGUAAGGGACUGAUACAGGAACUGGAGAAAUCGUCAGUAUCCACCACCCUGAGACAUGAGUAUGACACACAAACUUUCGACACAAACACUGAUCUUACCAUGGGGAAGAUAGUUGUUGAUAAACAACAGAGAAAUCCGCCUACAACUACCUUGAGUGUGCCAUUGUCUGAAAGACAACUGAGGAUAAUGCGAAAGUUCAAUAUCAAACUUCCUUCUGAUAAAUCAGACAGCUUUUCCUGUGGGAUUGUAUACCUACAUGGUGGCUUCAUUGUCUUAGGGGACUGGGCGAACAAAAAUAUCAAGCUAUUUACAGAAAACGGAGACUUCCUAUGUAACAUCAGUAUGGAUGGGACGCCUGUAGAUCUAUGUCAAGUUGACGACAACACAGUAGCAGUGAUGCUGCGGGAGGACACCAUAUGUAUAGUCAGUGUGGAGGACUUAAAGUUGACCCUUACAUCAACAAUUAAGUUGUCAAUGACGACUAAAGGAUGCUAUGGUAUAACAUACCGGAAUAACAGGUUUGUCGUCGGCACAGAUACAUCACUUUAUAGCGUAUCAAGAAAAUAUGGGAUAACAUCACAACUUCACACAUUAAAAACACCGUGUUUGCACCUCGCUAGCGAUCAUCAUAGUGGACACGUCUUUGCCAGUCUCCAUACAAAAAAUCCUAACGAAUCUGCCGUGACUAGACUUUCAGACGGCUCGAGCACGGACGUAAUGAAACCAGGGGUUUUGAAACUUACCACAGGAAUAGACGUAGACAUGGAACACAACGUGUACGUGUGUGGCUAUAGUUCUGACAACGUCAUACAGAUGUCUGGGGACGGGACACACGUCAGAGAACUACUGACGUCAUCAGAUGGAAUACAAAAGCCAAGGGGGAUUUCUGUAUGUGGUGACAGAGUAGUGAUCACAAACGGAUCGUCAGAUCAUGAUCAUCGGAACACUGUACACGUGUUCCGGCUUGUUUAA